AUGGGACAACUUCCCUCAGAACGCAUUACUCCCUCCCGUCCUUUUACGCACACCGGCAUUGAUUAUGCUGGUCCUUUUUUGAUAAAGACGUGGAAAGGUAAAAAUGCACGCACCUAUAAGUCCUACGUAGCAUUGUUCGUUUGCUUUGCUACCUCUGCAGUUCACUUGGAACUCGUUACUGAUUACUCUUCUGACGCCUUUAUCGCGGCAUACAAGAGAUUUGUAUCAAGACGCGGAAUCUGCACCACGUUAACUAGUGACUGUGGCACGACUCUCAAAGGCGCAGACUCAGAAUUAAGAAAGCUUUUCUCGCAAGCUUGUCAGGAAUCAUCCACCAUAGCUAUUCUGUUAGCCAAUAACGGUACACAGUGGCACUUUAAUCCCCCUUCCGCACCUCAUUUUGGAGGCAAGUGGGAGGCGGGAGUUAAGUCCAUGAAACAUCAUCUCGUACGUGUAGUCGGCAAUGCCACUUUCACUUAUGAAGAGAUGACCACUCUCUUAUCUCAAAUUGAGGCUGUUAUGAAUUCCCGGCCUUUGUGCCCUUUGACUGAAGAUCCUGAUGAUCUUAAUGUUUUGACACCAGGACACUUCCUUAUGGGAUGUGCUCCACUUACCGUUCCAGAGCCUUCUCUUGAAUUUACGAAUACUGCUAGGUUGUCACGAUGGCAGCUUAUUCAAAAGACGUUUGAGUCCUUUUGGACUAGAUGGUCACAGGAAUGCCUCCAAAGGUAUAACGCAUGUUACAAAUGGAAUCGAGUCUCUCCUUCUCUUCAAGUUGGAACUCUCGUUCUUGUCAUUGAUGAGCGUUACCCACCAGCUAAGUGGCCCUUGGGGCGGAUCAUUGCUACUCAUCCCGGGCAAGAUGGCCACACCAGAGUAGUCACGAUCAAAACUCAAACCUCAAUCUUAAAGCGGCCAGUUGUCAAGCUCUGCCCGUUACCUAUUAACCACGAAUCCCUAGCUGAUUGUUCAUUACCUUAG